CUCUCCUUUAACGUCUGUAAAGGUGUGGGUUCAUUUCCUGACCCUUUCCGCGCGUGCAGCAUCAUCUCCUCGCAGGCUGUUGCAUCCUCCCGAGGGACCGUCGGCGCUCUUCACAGCCUGCACAUUACAUACCGGUCUCUGAAUUGCAAUCUGUGUAAUGCCACUCAUUCAUUUGCGAGCUCGGAUGUGUUAUAUUGUUUCUCACAGCAUACUCGCGGCUGUUCGCAGGGAUACUACGGAAUUACAGCCGCGAGAAAUGAUAAUGUGACAGCCAUCCGUUCAGACAGAUAAUAAAAGCUCGCUGUGCAGUGGACUCAGAAUUUCUGCUAACGAAGCAAAGCCUCAGACGAGCCUUUCCAUACAGUAGUGUUCACUACUGACAAGCAUCAGUCCUUUGGAAUAAUAUUCUACACGCUGCAUUACAAACAUUCUGGGAGGAGGAGAAGCUGGUUUUAAGAAACUGUACAGCUGAGUAUCUGCAACCCAUGAGCCGUGUGUCAGGAGAAGCAGCAGUACAAACUCUCUGUGGCCUGUCGUCCUCUCUGCUCUUUUCUAAUGGUUUGAUGGAGAUCUGGUCGGAUGACAGCUGGAACUGUUGUCAUAACCGGAGGAAUUCUCGCAACAGUGAUACUACUGUGUAUCAUUGCAGUGCUUUGUUACUGUAGACUCCAGUAUUACUGCUGUAAGAGGAAUGAGUCAGAAGGGGAGGCAGGCUCGGUCGGAGAUCCUCAGCCACAGUUCGCCUGCAAUGCAUGCAGCGCUCCGGGGGUGGACGGGGCGGCCGUCACACCUCUCUCGCUGCCCUACGACCCCACUUCGUCUCACAGCUACUGUCCGACUUGCUCACCCUACUACCUCCGUGGCACGGAUGAGAUGCGGAAUGGCGGUGAACGCCUGUCUUACAUGCCCACUCACUAUGAGAACCAUGGGGCCACUGCCCUUGGUCUGGCCGCCAUGUACGGUCCUGUGCUGAGCCAUCGCAGUACGCCAGACUUAUACACCAAUACACGAGCCAUCAGCACUGACGUCUGACAUUCACAGACCUGGAGAUGGACCCAGGGACAGAGCUGCCUCUGUGAAUGAGAACAACUGGGGCAGUUACAUGUCCACAUGCCAAGAGUUAAAAAGACCUACAGGAUGCCAUGUUAUUCUUCCACGCAGGUCUAAGGCCAUCUUUAGUCUUCCAUUGUCUUUUGUUUUACCUGCUGUUUACAUCUUCUUCUCGCACAUCCAUCCCUUUUGUGCUUUGAGGACCAUGUGUUAUAUGACAUGAAGUGUUUGUGGAGUAUUUGGCCUUUUUAAUUUAACUUUUAAAGGUUUAUGCAAAUAGGUUGUUUUAUAUAUCUGGACAAGACAGAGAUAAAGCAUAUAUAUUAUAGUCAGAAAAUCGAAAUGGAGCAACCCAAGGAAGCUUUUUAGGCUCAUCUCAAGUAUUUUGUUGUUUAUUGUGACAUAAAAGGCAAACGUUCCACACAAAUUUUUAAUAACUU